CAGCGACCGGCAACCGGCGACCGACAGACCGACAACCGUCAGAGCUGGAGACAGAGCUCCCUUAGCCUGUUAGCAUGUUAGCUUCCCGCUGCCGUCAGUCCGAGAAGGCGCGCGACGACGGCGGACUGUUAAUGAGACUGACGCUCGACCACCGCAGUGUUGCUUCGACCUGAGACAACAGAGCAACAGCCAGACAGACAGCAACUACAUCGACAGCAACCAGACUGUUGCUGCAGUGUUGCUUCAGUCUGACAGAGACGCCAGACCUCAGCAACCACUGCAACCAGACCAGCAGGAUGUAAGGCAACUGUACCUCCAGCAACUAGCGAAUAAACUGUUGCUGUUCGAUGACCACCAUGUUGCUUCGACCUGGCAGAGAUUACGGCACCUACAGCAACCUGACCGGCAACAUCCAGGCUGCCAGCAACUAAACCUACAUAUCAACAGAACCUCUUGCAACCUGGAAAAAAAACUGAUGUUUAAUAACAACCAUGUUGCUUCGACCUGAGGGAGACUACAACAUCUACUCUGACAGCAACCAGAGCUACAACUCCUGAACCUCUGGCAACUAGAUACACAGCAACUGGCAACCAACGCCUCAGCCUCCAUCAGCAGCAGAUGGACGUCCUGUCAGACUUUCAGACUGAUCCGUUGAUCUGGAGUCAGUCAGGUGACAGCCUCAGGUUGAGUUAAACUCCGCCAAUCGCUGCCCCUCCCCCUGCAUCAGGUGAAGACGACAGCCAAUAGGAUGAGCCAGCUGACGGAGGCGGAGCCUGGCCAGGAGCUGGAGGGGAAGGUGCAGACCUGGGCUCAGUCUCUGGUUUACACUCUGGAGGAACUCGAGUGUAAAAUCUGUUACAACCGCUACGACACUCGCAGCCGGAAACCUAAACUGCUGGGCUGUCUGCAUCGAGUCUGUGCCAAGUGUCUGAAGAAGAUGGUCGACAUGGGAGAGUCAUCACCCUCUGUUAUCAGCUGUCCAUUCUGUCGCUACGAGACCCACGUCCCCGACGAAGAGGUGUGGCUGAUGGAGGACGACCGACACAUCCUUGCUGUUCUGUCGUGUCAGGACCGAGCCCGGCGAGGAGGAGGAGCUGGGGGAGAGGUGGUGCUGAGUCCCACCAGUCUGACCGCAGGAGAAGGAGGAGGAGGCUUGGAGAUGUCCCACCGCUCCUCAGACUGUCUGGUCAUCACCAUCAUGGAGCUCCCUGAGGAGUCUCCGUCCUCAGACUCACUGAGCAUGCUCAAUGUGGUGGGUCUGUACCGCCCCCCCAGCCUGGAUUCGCUGCCCUGCAACCUGCCGGCUCAGAAGUGUCACACCUGGACGUCUCGCAGCUUCCCCCGCUGCCUGCUGGGGGCGCUCUGUCUGGUGUACUUCAGCUCCUUGCCUCUGGGGAUUUACCUGCUGAUGAUUGGGCAGCCGUGGCUGGGCGUGGUCCUGGUCAGUCUGGUUCCCUCCACGCUGUUGCUGCUUAUCCUCUACGGCUUCUGUCAGUGUCUCUGCCACGAGCUGAUGGAGGCGCUCGCCACGCGCACGCACACGCUGCCGUGACGACAACAGAAACACGACAACAUGCGAAGACGAUGACAACACAGCACGCUGCCAUGAGGACGACAACAUGACCCCCUGCCAUAAUGACACAACAUGAUACAUUGCCAUGACAACACACACGCUACCAGGAAGACAAGAACAUUGAAGCUGCUGCAGCAACAACAACACCAGAACAACAGCAUAAACCACGAAGAUACAAGGGUCAGAACAUUGUCCACCACACACCCAAAACAACCAGAACAACAGAGGAACCAGAGGAACUCAUCUAGAACAACAGAACCGCAACCAGAAGUGCAACGACUUCACAUCAACAACAGGAGAGCAGAAAGAAUCAAGAAUACUGGAACCAGGACUGAAUAAAUCCAGAACUCAUGUGUAGACCCACCCAUCAGACUCUGACACACCUGUCCACUCUGACUCCGCCGCCAUCUGGAUACCAACACUACCCCCUUUCUGAGGCUAAAGCCAAUCAGAACGGACUGGUGAUGACAUCAUCACAGAGAAGAGGCGGAGUCUCUGAUGUUUUACUGUGAAAGUUUUUUCUCUUCUGCCUCCUGCUGAGAACAAACAGCUGAUCACAAACUGAAUUAUUUAUCAUCUUCCAGGUGUCCUGAUGUUACAGGCCACCUGUCAGACUGAACCGCUGCACUGUGCAGACCGACAGACUUUAAAUAAUUACACUAAUUAACCAUGUUGGCGACAAACAUGUAACUGUUUAAUAUGCGUGAAUCUGUAACUCUGAGUCUGAAAUCAACACUCGCACUGUUUAUUAAAUCCUCCUGUUCUCUGUCCAGAGUCCAGUACCAAGAGAGGUCCGGGGCUGUGAGCCUAGCCGAGCACACAGCUUGGAAGCGGGGGGAAACCGUUAGCCUAGCUUCAUCAGACGAGGAAUAAAAAUCUGUGGAAGAUGAUAAAAGCUUUGAGAGAGCACAAACUGUGAGAGCAGAAUCAGAUUUGAGCGUUCAGUCCCGAUCGAUGGUUUCUGAGUCUGCUCUCUCAGGUUCUUGUUCUGGCUUCUGACCACCUGAGAUCACGAGGAGUCACUCGCCAACAAUUUUAGACCGGCAAGCUGCAACGGGACACAGCAUUAUCCGGACGUCGGGGUCCACACAAGGAACUAGAAUUACCGCCUCGCAGUUGUUUGCCUCCGCCAACCAGUCAAGUUGCAGGAAAUAUGGUCACUACCCUUGUGUUCCCGAGUUAUGGUGUUGAAUAAUGGCCAGAAAAGUGUUGGAUUUAAGUCGACAUCACUUCCUCAUUUUAUACUAUUAGACAUUUCUGUUAAAUUUUGUCGUCAUUAGCGUAUGAAAAAAAAACAAACGUGUUUUUGUGAGGUCACAGUGACCUUGACCUUUGACCACCAAAAUCUAAUCAUCCUUGAGUCGAAGUGGACGUUUGUGCAACAUUUGAAGAAAUUCCGUCAAGGCGUUCCUGAGAUAUGGCGUUCACGAAAAUGGGAUGGACGGACGCACAGACAACCCGAAAACGUGAUCCCUCCGGCCACGCCUAUCGCCCGCACGGAGGCGUAAAAAGGUCAGCUGCUGAAUACAGUGCUUUUCUGUAAGGAGGUGACCAUAGGACUACAUAGGAUGACGUGAUAUUUACAUAUUUCCUCCCUAUGACCCUCAUUGUUUAUCCUGCAGCUUCAGUUAUUGUGGGUGUGUGGAAGACUGAAGUUCAGACAAAUUCAGAUCCAGCUGAUCUCCUCAUCGUCGCCUGGUUAAGUCUGUUAUUACCAGUGUGUUGGAUCUUAAAAGGCUGAUUCUGAAUGUAGCCACAGCACUACAGGAAUAAUUUUAUUACUAUUAUUAUUAUUAUUUCUUUGAAGCGUUAGUUUUUUGAAUCCCCCAUAGAGUCUCUUCAGAUAACAGGAAACCCAUCCAGCCCAUGCCAGGCUCAUUAAAUUCUUUAGACUCAGCCUCAUUCAUAAAUGUUUCUCUUGUAAUGUUUCUGAUCAUUUUUUUUUCUGUUCACAUUACUCAUAAAAACAGAAAAAGAAGAAAGCUCUGCAUCUAGUUCAGAAAAUCACAGACAUGGAUGAAGACAUAAUCUUUUAAGUGUAAGUGCUGCUAAAAAAACAGAAUUCUGCAUUUUACAUUUUUUUUGCUGCACUUGAUCCAUAAACUAGAUGGCAGGUCAAAGGUCAUUCAGACGAGCUGCUGAGGAUUGCAUCUCUCCUGAUGGAGCCAAGCUAACAGCUUCCCUCUAUGUCCAGUAUUUGUGCUCAACUAAGCUAACUCCUGGAUUAGAUUCUGGAGCAUUGGAUUGUUCCUUUAUGGUUUCUGUCUUUAUAAAGUGCCAUCAUUUCAUUUGAUGUUUGAUGAAUGAAUCCUGUGGUGAUGAUGAUGAUGAUGAUGAUCAGGUGACGUCAGAGUGACUGACCUGUGGUGUCACUUCCUGUCUGUAGUGGGAGGAGCAUGUGGUGGAUCAGCUUUGUUUAGUUUCAGUGAUUAAACUAUAAAAUCAAAU